AUGGCGGCGGUGGAUUCGGAUGUGGAAUCGCUGCCGCGAGGGGGUUUCCGCUGCCUCCUGUGCCGCAUUACUACAGCGAACCGGCCCAGCCUGGAAGCCCACUUGGGAGGCAGGAAGCACCGGCACCUGGUAGAGCUACGUGCUGCCCGAAAGGCUCAAGGACUUCGAAGUGUGUUUGUCAGUGGCUUUCCCCGGGAUGUGGACUCAAUACAGCUCUCCGAGUACUUCCAGGCAUUUGGGUCUGUUGCCAGUGUUGUCAUGGAUAAGGACAAGGGAGUGUUUGCUAUUGUGGAGAUGGGGGACAUUGGUGCUCGAGAGGCCGUCUUGUCGCAGCCCCAGCACAGCCUGGGAGGACGUCGCCUGCGGGUCCGCCCACGAGAGCAGAAGGAGUUCCAGAGUCCAGCUUCCAAGUCCCCCAAGGGGGCGGCCCCCGACAGUCACCAGCUGACCAGAGCCCUCGCUGAGGUGCCAGAUGUGGGGGCGCAGAUGAUGAAGCUCGUGGAGCUGAGGGAGCUGUCUGAGGCUGAGCGGCAGCUUCGGAGCCUCGUGGUGUCCCUGAUGCAGGAGGUCUUCACAGAGUUCUUCCCUGGCUGUGUGGUCCAGCCUUUUGGCUCGUCCAUUAACAGCUUUGACGUCCAUGGCUGUGAUCUUGACCUCUUCCUGGAUCUGGGUGACUUAGAAGAGCCUCAGCCCGCUCUCAAGUCUCCGGAGUCUCCGUCCUUGGACUCAGCGCUUGCUUCUCCCCUGGAUUCGCAGGCCCUGGCCUGCUUCCCUGCCUCACCUCCAGGCUCGCAGCCUCCAGCUUCUCCCCGAGACUCGGAAGCCCUGGACUUUGAAACGCCUUCUUGCCUGGAGCCCCAGACUCCAGACUCAGCCUUGGCAUCUGAGACCCUGGCCUCUCCCCAGUCCUUGCCUCCAGCCUCUCCCCUUCAGGAGGACAGAGGAGAGGGGGACCUAGGGAAGCCUCUGGAACUAGCAGAGGCCUUGAAGUCAGAGAAAGCAGAGGGGGGAGCAAUGCUGGAGCUGGUGGGAUCUAUUCUUCGGGGCUGUGUUCCUGGAGUGUACGGAGUCCAAACUGUGCCCUCUGCCCGGCGCCCGGUGGUCAAGUUCUGCCAUCGGCCUUCAGGUCUCCAUGGUGACGUCUCCCUCAGUAACCGGCUGGCCCUGCACAACUCCCGCUUCCUGAGUCUUUGCUCCGAGCUGGAUGGGCGAGUCCGACCCCUGGUGUACACCGUCCGCUGCUGGGCUCAGGGCCGAGGGCUGUCAGGAAGCGGCCCUCUUCUCAGUAAUUACGCCUUGACCUUGCUCGUUGUCUACUUCCUUCAGACCAGGGACCCCCCGGUGUUACCCGCUGUGACCCAGCUCACUCAGAAAGCAGGUACACAGGUGGAGGUGGACGGCUGGGACUGUAGUUUCCCCCGGGAUGCCUCAAGGCUGGAGCCCAGCACCAACGUGGAGCCCCUCAGUUCCCUCCUGGCCCAUUUCUUCUCCUGUGUGUCUUGCUGGGAUCUCCGAGGCUCACUGCUGUCUCUGCGGGAGGGCCAGGCACUGCCUGUGGCCGGAGGUCUGCCCGCUAAUCUCUGGGGGGGCCUGCGCCUCGGCCCUCUGAAUCUCCAAGACCCCUUUGACCUGAGUCACAAUGUGGCAGCCAAUGUGACCAGCCGGGUAGCUGGGCGGCUACAGAACUGCUGCCGAGCUGCGGCCAAUUACUGCCGAAGCCUCCAGUACCAGCAGCGCUCCUCCCGCGGUCGGGACUGGGGGCUUCUCCCUCUGCUGCAGCCCAGCUCCCCCAGCACCCUGCUGUCUGCUACACCCAUCCCCUUGCCUUCUGCUCCCUUCCCCCAGCUCACUGUGGCCCUGGCCCAGUUGCUAAGGGAAGCGCUGGGGUGCCAGAUAGAGCAGGGAACCAAGAGAUCACGGUCAGAGGCAGGUGGAGCUGGGGAGUCUUCCCAGGGAGGGACAAGCAAAAGACUGAAACGAGAUGGACAGAAAGAGAGGUGUGAGGAGGGGACAGAGGAGCAGCAGGGAUGUGCAGGGGCCUACAGCGAGGAUGGGGUGGAAGAGAUGGUGGUGGAGGUUGGCGAGGCAGGGCAGGACUGGGCCAUGCGGAGCCCUGAGCAGCCGGGGGAGCUGGCCCUGGUGACUGGAGAAGAGAGCUGGUCAGGCCCUGUCACCCUGGCAGAGCAGGGGCCCAAGGGACCUGACGCAGCCCAAGGAAGGUCACAGAGCGAGAGAGCCAAGGGGACAAUGCUCUCUGCCUCGGUGAGCUGGCGCUGUGCCCUGUGGCACCGCGUGUGGCAGGGGCGGCGGCGUGCCCGGAGACGCCUACAGCAGCAAACUAAGGGGUCUGGAGCCAGCUCCCGAGCAGAGUGGCUGCUCACUGAGGCUCUGGUGACCCAGGAGCUGAGAGGACUGAGCGGUGGGGACCAGAGGCCGGAGGCUGGGCCCCUUCUGACCUUUGUGGCCUCCGCCUCCCUGGCGGACCAGACUCUCACUGUGACCCCACUGCAGGAUUCCCAAGGCCUGUUCCCUGAACUCCACCAUUUCUUACAGGUUUUUCUCCCUCAAGCACUGAGACAUCUGCUCAAGUAA